UCAGACGAACGAUCGAUCACAGUUGAAUUUUGCAUGCAGGAGGACCAUCACCUAAAAGUUAUCACUGAAGAAGAAUAUUACUGCAAACGACUAUUUAACGAAGCUUAAAGUCAACCAUUGCCAAAAUGGAUUGGCCGAUGCAACUUGUUGCAACACUAACGGCACUGGUGUUAAUGAGUCUACUGUGCCAAGCUGAAGACACUACAUGUCCUGCAGGAUGUCGAUGUGGUAUUGGAAAGGCAUCAUGUCAGAAACCCUACAAUGGCACUCAACCUCUUCCUAGUCAUACUAGGAAAUUGGAACUACAUGCAGCUAAUCCGAUCGUCCUAAAAGCUCUUUCCCGUAGCAUGCCACAACUGGAACAUCUCAUGCUUAAUCACCUGGAAGGGCUUGAUGGAAAAAAUGACAGCAUUACCAAACAAGAUGAUGGACAAAGGAUCAUGACCAUCGAAGGACUUCAUAAACUCCAGAAAGUGCUCAUUGGAUUAGCAAGCCUCAAGACAUUGGUUAUGAACGAGGAAGAAUUAUCCUGUUCGUGUGAUCUGCUGAACAUGGCGGAGGCAGCAUACGCUAACGGUGUGGAUCUCUAUCAUGUCAUCAAACUCCUGACGAGUCAGUCGUGUAAACAGCAGGGACUGGAUCUCGAUCUACAUUCGCCUCUAGAACUCAUGUUGCUAUGCUCUUCUAGGUCAUUGUAUCUACCAACAGCGCUGGAACCAAAACCUAUUACUCCGAAAGACGAAGGAUCAGUUUCAACGUCCGACCAUUCAGAUUCAAAGGACCUCGGUAAAAUUACUCAUGUUCGGGCACGACGUGCCGCAGAGGAAAAACCUCAAAAGGGAAAGAAGGGACGAAAAGGAAAGAAACGACGAAAGGGAAAGAAGGGACGAAAAGGAAAGAAGGGACGAAAAGGAAAGAAACGACGAAAGGGAAAGAAAAGACGAAAGGGAAAGAAAGGACGAAAGGGAAAGAAAGGACGAAAGGGAAAGAAAGGACGAAAGGGAAAGAAAGGACGAAAGGGAAAGAAAGGACGAAAGGGAAAGAAAGGACGAAAGGGAAAGAAAGGACGAAAGGGAAAGAAAGGAAAACCAAUCCAACCUGAAGAAACACCAGCCAUUCCGACGGAGAUAAAAGCUGCAGAAAUAGAAAAGGAACCAAAAACAGAAGUGGUUGUGGAACCAGUUAUUCCGGAAGCAGAUAUUGCGGAGACCAAAAUACAACAAAUUAAAGCAGAAGUAGAACCAGUUGAAACAAAGCCAGAAAUAGUUAUGGAACCAGAUGUGGAACCAGUUAUUCCAGAAACGGAACUUACAGAGACCGGAAAAGAAGCGAAAGCAGAACAAGUUAAACCAGUGGAAGGGAAGCUAAACUUAGGAAAAGGAAAGGGCAAAGGAAAGAAGGUUAGAAAGGGAAAGAAAGGACGAAAGGGAAAGAAAGGACGAAAGGGAAAGAAAGGACGGAAAGGAAAGAAGGGGCGAAAAGGAAAGAAAAGAAGAAAAGGAAAAAAAGGACGAAAGGGAAAGAAAGGACGAAAGGGAAAGAAAGGACGAAAGGGCAAGAAAGGACGAAAGGGAAAGAAAGGACGAAAGGGAAAGAAAGGACGAAAGGGAAAGAAAGGACGAAGGGGAAAGAAAGGACGAAAGGGCAAGAAAGGAAAUCCAAUCAAAACUGAAGAAACACCAGCCAUUCUGACGGAGAUAAAAGCUGCAGAAUUAGAAAAGGAACCAAAAACAGAAAUAGUUAUGAAACCAGUUAUUCCCGAAACGGAACUAACAGAGACCGGAAAAGAAGCAGAAGUAGAACAAGUUAAACCAGUGGAAAGGAAGCUAAAAAUAGGAAAAGGAAAGGGCAAAGGAAAGAAGAGGAGAAAGGGAAAGAAAGGACGAAAGGGAAAGAAAGGACGGAAAGGAAAGAAGGGGCGUAAAGGAAAGAAAAGACGAAAAGGAAAGAAACGACGAAAGGGAAAGAAAGGACGAAAGGGAAAAAAAGGACGAAAGGGAAAGAAAGGACGAAAGGGAAAAAAAGGACGAAAGGGAAAAAAAGGACGAAAGGGAAAGAAAGGACGAAAGGGAAAGAAAGGAAAACCAAUCCAAACUGAAGAAACACCAGCCAUUCCGACGGAGAUAAAAGCUGCAGAAAUAGAAAAGGAACCAAAAACAGAAGUGGUUGUGGAACCACUUAUUCAGGAAAAAGAUGUUGCGGAGACCGAAAUACAACCCAUCGAAGCAGAAGUAGAACCAGUUGAACCAAAGACAGAAAUAGUUAUGGAACCAGUUAUUCCGGAAGCAGAUAUUGCGGAGACCGAAAUACAACCCAUCAAAGCAGAAGAAGAACCAGUUGAACCAAAGCCAGAAAUAGUUAUGGAACCAGAUGAGGAACCAGUUAUUCCGGAAGCAGAUAUUGCGGAGACCGAAAUACAACCCAUCAAAGCAGAAGAAGAACCAGUUGAACCAAAGCCAGAAAUAGUUAUGGAACCAGAUGAGGAACCAGUUAUUCCGGAAGCAGAUAUUGCGGAGACCGAAAUACAACCCAUCAAAGCAGAAGAAGAACCAGUUGAACCAAAGCCAGAAAUAGUUAUGGAACCAGAUGAGGAACCAGUUAUUCCGGAAGCAGAUAUUGCGGAGACCGAAAUACAACCCAUCAGAGCAGAAGAAGAACCAGUUGAACCAAAGCCAGAAAUAGUUAUGGAACCAGAUGAGGAACCAGUCAUUCCAGAAACAGAACUAACAGAGACAGACAAACAACCAAUCGAAGCAGAAGUAGAACCAGUUGAACCAAAAACAGAAGUGGUUGUGGAACCAGUUAUUCCGGAAGCAGAUAUUGCGGAGACCGAAAUACAACCCAUCGAAGCAGAAGUAGAACCAGUUGAACCAAAGCCAGAAAUAGUUAUGGAACCAGAUGUGGAACCAGUAAUUCCAGAAACAGAUCUUACAGAGACCGAAAAACAACCAAUCGAAGCAGAAGUAGAACCAGUUGAACCGAAGACAGAGAUAGUCGAACCAGAAACAGAGCCAGUCGAAGAAGCCGAGGAAGAAGCGGUUGAAGCACCCGUUAUGGAACCAGUUAUACCUGAGAUAGAACCAAAGACAGAACCGGAAGUUGAAGCCGAGGAAAAAGAAGUCGAAACAAACGUUGAACCAGAACUUGGCCAAGCAACUGAAAUCGAGGAGCCACCAGAAAAACAACCGGUGGAAUCGGAGUCACAACCAGCGGAAGUUGAGAUGGAACAAAUUGAAACAAAGGAAGAACCAACUGAACCAAAGGAAGAACUAGCAGGAAUUGAUGAGAAAUUGAUGAAGGAGCUGCGUGACCUUUUGGAAUCUACGAAGAUUGACCUUCCUGUUGACAUCAAUGAUCCAUACGACCUAGGUCUUCUUCUCAGACAUUUACGUCACCAUUCAAAUCUUCUUGCUCGUAUUGGAGACCCCGAUGUCAAAAAGGAAGUCCUCAGCGCCAUGAAUGAAAACGACGAAACAGAUUUGAACAUCUAAUAUAAAACAUCGAAGGGUGAACAAUUGGAGAAGUGCGGGACGGCGCCUGAUAUUGAAGUCACUAUGGAUUGGUACACUUUGAAGACAUGAAGUUGGUUUCAAAUUUAAUAGGACUGCCCAACUAUAGCAAAAGACAGUCAACACAAAUUAAAUGUUUAUAUUAUUAAAGGGGUUUUCAACUUUUCUCCAAAGAAGCCACCAUUUAAGUUUGUUUGUUUGUGUGAAUAGGCCGGAGACGUAAUGACGUCACGCUUUGUUUACAUGUGCGCUUUCCUAUGUAGUAGACGGCCCCUUUAAUUAGCUCCCAUGGGAAAGCGCAUAUUAUGUAAACAAAGCCAUUACGUCAUUAAGUCUAUGUUUACGUUUAUUAAGUGAGAGUGGCGUAAAUUCAUUUUAAAAUUCGGGGAGAGAAACAGAGUAUCAUAAUACACUGACAGAAACCUGAUCGUCCAAAAAUGUUCUUUUUGUAAUUAAUCACUAUUCAGCAGAUGUCAGGGGUUUUUCCGAUCUGGGGAUUGCCCCACACCACGGAAUUUUGGCCAAUAAUAUAACCUAGGCUACGUUUCUGGGAACCGAGUUCCUUUUCUUGGAAACGAGUUCCGUUUCUCCUGCACAAAAUUAUACCCAAGCAGUGUGUUAAGAGAAGCAUGACUAUUUCAACAUUUUGUUUUUACGAGUUUAAAGAGAAAGGGAUUACAACAAGUUUUAAUAGUUUCUGCAGAA